AAAAAAAAAAAAGAAAAAAAAAAAGGGAAGCUAGAGAAACAAAUCAAACCCUUUGAAGGUUUUUUAGGGUUUGCAAUCGAAGCGGGAGAGAAGAAAUUGCCGAAGCGAAGCCAUGGACGAAGCUCUGACGAACGCUUCUGCAAUCGGUGACCAACGCCAGAAGAUCGAACAGUACAAACUCAUCCUCUCCUCUGUUCUUUCAUCAAACGAUCUUCUCCAAGCCCAACGAUUCAUCGAUCACAUUCUUUCCGAUGAUGUCCCGUUGGUGGUUUCGAGGCAGCUUUUGCAAUCGUUCGCUCAAGAGCUUGGGAGAUUAGAACCAGAGACGCAGAAGGAGAUUGCUCAGUUUACACUUACUCAGAUUCAGCCCAGAGUUGUUUCUUUUGAGGAACAGGCACUUGUUAUCAGAGAAAAACUUGCCGGUUUGUAUGAAUCAGAGCAGGAAUGGACUAAAGCGGCGCAGAUGUUGAGUGGCAUUGAUCUGGACUCUGGAAUGAGGGCUGUUGACGAGAACUUCAAGCUCUCAAAGUGUAUCCAAAUUGCUCGUUUGUAUCUUGAGGAUGAUGAUGCUGUAAAUGCUGAGGCUUUCAUAAAUAAAGCUUCUUUCUUAGUGAGCAGUAGUCAGAAUGAAGUUUUGAAUUUGCAGUACAAGGUCUGCUAUGCUAGAAUUUUGGACAUGAAAAGAAAGUUUUUAGAGGCUGCACUUCGGUACUACGGCAUCUCCCAGAUAGAGCAACGCCAAAUAGGGGAUGACGAGAUUGAUGAGAAUGCUUUAGAGCAAGCCCUAUCCGCUGCUGUCACAUGUACCAUAUUAGCUGGAGCUGGUCCUCAGCGAUCUCGUGUUCUUGCAACUUUAUAUAAAGAUGAGCGUUGCUCCAAGCUGAAGAUUUAUCCUAUCCUGCAGAAGUGAGCAUAACCUUCUAAGUGCAAGCAAACUCUACACAAACAUAAGGUUUGAUGAAUUGGGAACUCUGCUGGGGAUUGAUCCAAGAAAGGCGGAGAAGAUAGCAGCUAAUAUGAUUGGUCAAGACAGAAUGAGGGGUUCCAUAGAUCAGGAGGAGGCUGUGAUACAUUUUGAGGAUGACAUUGAGGAACUACAACAAUGGGAUCAACAGAUAUCGGGAUUGUGCCAAGCUCUCAAUGAUAUUCUGGAUGGCAUGGCAAAGAAAGGCCUGCCUGUUCCUGUCUGAUUGAUUCCAAGCAGUGAGACCGUCUCGUGAUGAUUAAUUUGUAUUAGCCGAGCCCAACAGAUCGAGUCUCAUACCUAAGUUUUUGCCAAAUUGCUGUGUUUUCUGGACAGUUAUUUCACCUCAUUUGCUUUCUUGCAAAUUCAUGAGCCUUUAGGUUAAUUGAUACGGAGAGGGAAAGAUUAGGCAUUGAAAGACGAUUUUCAGAGGUGAACAAAAUAUUUUAUGCAUAGAUGAAGCUUUCUGGUGCAAGAGAAUGAUGAAAAUAGUAUUUACCUUUUAAAUCUAUA